AUGUUAAAGCAAAUUCAGGUAAACAUUCCUCUAAUUGAUUCUCUGAGAGAGAUGCCCGGUUAUGCAAAAAUAAUGAAGAACUUGAUGUCUCGUAAGUUCGACUUCCAAGACUUGAUAACUGUCACGUUGACACAAACUUGUAGUGCUGUUGUGUCAAGACCUAUAGCUGAGAAGUUAUCCGACCCUGGAAGCUUCACAAUUCCAUGCACCAUAUGUAGCUCUGCAUUUGCCAAAGCAUUGUAUGAUUUGGGAGCAAGUAUAAAUCUCAUGCCAUUGUAUAUCUAUAAAAAGUUAGGCAUUGUAAGAGCAAGGACCACAUCCAUGUUACUGCAGCUAGCUGACCGAACGGUGAAAAUACCAUCAGGUAUACUUGACGAUGUACUUGUGCAAGUUGGAAAAUUCAUGUUUCCAGCAAAUUUUGUCAUUUUGGACUGCAAGGUUGAUAAGGAGAUUCCCAUAAUUUCGAGAAGGCCGUUCUUAGCCACAGGGAGAGCUCUGAUUGAUUGUGAAAUGGGGGAGCUGAAAAUGAGGCUGAAUAAUGAAGAAAUAACAUUUAAUGUGCAAAAGUCUAUGCGGUGA